GGAAGGCGUGACCUGAAUGGAGAAUGCCAGCCAAUUCCAGAGACACACAGGGACCUCAGAACAAAGAUAAGGCAUCGCUGACAGCACACCGGGGACAAGCUCGCCUACAAGCCACACUGAGGACCGGGGCCAGGCAACCAGGACCCACUCAGGCAGAAAAUGAGGUGGCUUUUUCUUUAUCAUGCUCUGUGCUUCUCACUGCUGAAGGCGUCAGCCCACACCGUGGAGCUCAAUGACAUGUUUGGCCACAUCCAGUCGCCGGGCUAUCCAGACUCCUACCCCAGUGAUUCCGAAGUGACGUGGAAUAUCACUGUGCCAGAGGGAUUUCGGAUCAAACUGUACUUCAUGCACUUCGACUUGGAAUCGUCCUAUCUUUGUGAAUACGAUUAUGUGAAGGUAGAAACUGAAGACCAGGUGUUGGUGAGCUUCUGUGGCAGGGAGACCACGGACACAGAGCAGACCCCUGGCCAAGAACCAGUCCUCUCCCCUGGCUCCUUCAUGUCCAUCACUUUCCGAUCAGAUUUCUCCAAUGAGGAACGGUUCACGGGCUUUGAUGCGCACUACAUGGCUGUGGAUGUGGACGAGUGCACUGAGAGGGAGGAUGAGGAGCUGGCCUGUGACCACUACUGCCAUAACUACAUUGGUGGGUACUACUGUUCCUGCCGCUUUGGCUACCUCCUCCACACGGACAACAGGACCUGCCGAGUGGAAUGCAGCGACAACCUCUUUACCCAGAGGACCGGCGUGAUCACCAGCCCAGACUUCCCCAACCCUUAUCCCAAGAGCUCUGAAUGCUUCUACGCCAUCGAGCUAGAGGAGGGCUUCAUGGUCAGCCUGCAAUUUGAGGACAUUUUUGACAUUGAAGACCAUCCUGAGGUAUCCUGCCCCUACGAUUACAUCAAGAUUAAAGUUGGUUCAAAAAUACUGGGACCCUUCUGUGGAGAGAAAGCCCCAGAACCCAUCAAUACGCAGAGUCACAGCAUCCAGAUCGUGUUCCACAGUGAUAACUCGGGCGAGAACCGGGGCUGGAGGCUCUCGUAUAGAGCGGCAGGGAAUGAGUGCCCAGAGUUGCAGCCUCCUGUUCAUGGGAAAAUCGAGCCCGUGCAAGCCAAGUAUUUCUUCAAAGACCAAGUGCUCAUCCGUUGUGACACAGGCUACAAAGUGCUCAAGGAUGACGUGGAGAUGGACACAUUCCAGAUUGAGUGUCUGAAGGAUGGAUCAUGGAGUAACAGGAUGCCUACCUGUCAAGUGGCAGACUGCAGAGCGCCGGCGGAGCUGGAGCACGGGCUGGUCACCUUCAGCAGCAGUAGCAACCUCACCACGUACAAGUCUGAGAUUCGCUAUUCCUGCCAGCAGCCCUACUACAAGAUGCUCCACAACGCCACAGGCAUAUACACCUGUUCUGCUCAAGGCAUCUGGAUGAACAAAAUACUGGGGAGAAAGCUGCCCACCUGCCUGCCAGCAUGCGGUCAGCCCUCCCGUUCCCUGCCAAGCCUGGUCAAGCGGAUCAUUGGAGGCCGGAACGCAGAGCCUGGACUCUUCCCAUGGCAGGCUCUGAUAGUGGUGGAGGACACCUCCCGGGUGCCAAACGACAAGUGGUUUGGCAGUGGGGCCCUGCUGUCUGAGUCCUGGAUCCUAACAGCAGCCCACGUCCUGCGCUCCCAGCGCAGGGACAACACUGUGACCCCAGUCUCCAAGGAGCACAUCACUGUCUACUUGGGCCUGCAUGACGUGCGGGACAAGUCGGGGGCGGUCAACAGCUCAGCGGCCCGGGUCGUGCUCCACCCAGACUUCAACAUCCAGAACUACAACCAUGACAUUGCCCUGGUGCAGUUGCAGGAGUCUGUGCCCCUAGGGCCUCACGUCAUGCCUAUCUGCCUGCCAAGGCCUGAGCCGGAGGGCCCAGCACCCCACAUGCUGGGUCUGGUGGCUGGCUGGGGCAUCUCCAAUCCUAAUGUGACAGUAGAUGAGAUCAUCAGCAGUGGCACACGAACUCUGUCAGAUGUCCUGCAGUAUGUCAAGUUACCCGUGGUGCCACACGCCGAAUGCAAAACCAGCUACGAGUCCCGCUCCGGCAACUACAGCGUCACAGAGAACAUGUUCUGUGCGGGUUACUACGAGGGUGGCAAGGACACGUGCCUUGGGGAUAGCGGUGGGGCCUUUGUCAUCCUUGAUGACUUAACCCAGCACUGGGUGGCCCAAGGUCUGGUGUCCUGGGGGGGUCCUGAAGAAUGUGGCAGCAAGCAGGUCUAUGGGGUCUACACCAAAGUCUCCAACUAUGUGGACUGGGUGUGGGAGCAGAUGGGCUCCCAGCAGGGUCUUAGGGAGCUCCAGGUGGAGCGGUGAGCUACUUCUGUCCACAGGGCCAGCCUGCCCUGCCCCAGCCCCAAGUGAGGCUGCAUCCCACCCUCCAGAUAGUGCACUCCAGGUUAUUUGCCAGCAUAAAGGGAAUGGAGCAAACUGGCCCCACAGGGCUUGGAUCUUCCAAAUAUGGCCCCGGGGCCCCUGAGAGGCAGCAGUGUGGGAUAGGAGAAAGGCUCUGCACAAGAGGCCUGGCUGUAGGACCCUGGGCAAGUCCCUCGCUGGGCCCUCCUCUCCCCGCCAGCACAGGGAUGCCUGGUUGACCUUGGACCCAGCUCCAGCACUCCUCUCUGGGCCACACUUGAUCUCAGUGGCUUUGACUCACUCCUUGUCGCUGAGCAAACCCUUUGGUCCCGCUAUUGAUAUAACUGAGAAUUGAACCUGAGUAUUAUCAAAUGUGUCCUCACGUUAAACUAAACUCUUGUGUCCGUAUUUUCUUAGCUCUGCUCUGUGAACUCCCAUCAUCUAGCACUCCCUCUAAGAGAAUACUGGUCAGGUGUUAAGAAAGGUGGGGGGGCAUACCCUCUAGUUUAAUGCCUUCGAAUGUGGGGUUCUCUCCAAAAGACUUUCUUCAUUGAAGACAUUUCAAAGGACCAAGAAAUCCGAGAAGACUUGGAGAAACUGGGAAUAGUGGCGAAAAGUUUCCCACCCCCUUCAAUUCCUGCUGUCAAUUCAGAACAUGUCAUUAGAGACCAUAUGCCAUUCUCAACUACAAGCUGACAGCCUGAGAAACCAACCCCAGUGGCCUCAGACAAGGAUCUGUCAGUCUUGCCUCGAAAUGUGUUCCCUGAAUAGGCUACGGCAGCCCAGAUGUGGGACAUGGCCAGACUGCACCGGAGAACGCCCACCCUGAGCGCUGGUGGGCGUCUAGGCAGGAAAGCGGUUGAGGACAUUGGGAGACACCAAGACCCCACCUGAGCUCUGCAGGAAACCCACCAGCACCGAAGUUCAGAAGGAUCCAGGGACCCAAGUUCAUGGAAGCAGAGAUCCAAAAGUGAAAGGCAAUGAAAAGAGGCAAAGAGGCCACAGUCUUGGGUUGUGACACCCCACCCCCACCCCCCGGCCUGGCACUGCCCCUAGUGGUUGUGUAACUUUGGACUUUGCCACUCUGGGUCUCGGUUUCCCCACCUGUAAAAAGUAGGCAUUUUUCGAACUCCGUCAUUCCAUGUUUUCCUGGAAGCUUCUCCCGGGCUUUCACAGGACUGAUUAUCGUCCUCUUCCUUGCAUCUAGGAUUCUUUAUCGUAGAAAAAACUCCGCCAGAGAGUCCUCGAGGAGGGAUUCCAAGAAAACCAUCGGGAAACGUCCACGCUUCCAGUUGGCUCAC